AGGAGAUAGAAUACCAAACUACCCAAUCGGAACUCCAUUGGAACACACGCUCCCUCAAGAACGAUGGCAUCAUCGCAAAGCGCAAUAGCAGCGGCUGCUUCUACUGGUGGGAGUGGGGGUGGCAACGGCAUCAUAAUCCCUCAAUCCAACGACGCAUCACCCAUGGAUUCAACGGCAACAACAGCUACGGAUGACCCGAAGCAAAACCUUAGCCAAGUCACUGAUUCGAUACAGAAAACGCUGGGCGUCAUCCACCAGCUCUACCUCACCGUCUCUUCCUUCAAUGUCGCCUCUCAACUCCCCCUCCUCCAACGCCUGAAUACGCUUGUUUUAGAGCUCGACAACAUGACGAAAUUGGCUGAGAACUGCAAUAUUCAGGUCCCUAUGGAGGUCCUCAAUUUGAUUGAUGAUGGAAAGAAUCCGGAUGAAUUCACGAGGGAUGUCUUGAAUAGUUGCAUUGCCAAGAAUCAGAUUACCAAAGGCAAAACUGACGCAUUCAAGAGUUUACGAAGGCAUCUUCUAGAGGAACUUGAACAGGCAUUUCCUGAUGAAGUGGAAGCUUACAGGGAAAUACGUGCCACAUCUGCAGCUGAAUCGAAACGGCUCGCACAAUCACAAAGCAUAUUACCAAAUGGAGAUAUGAAGGUCAAGACCGAGAUAUGAGAGUGUUUUAUGCAUGAAUCAGGUUAAUGUAGUUCAUUUCUUUUAUUAUGUCUGUAAUCUUAAAGGUUGUUGACAAUAUAUACACACAUGCCAUGCAAGGUGACAUGAAAUCAUUGAUCUGAUCUUAUAUAAAAGCCUUGUUACUUGAAUGUUAGCAUAACAACUUGAUGUUGUCUUCCCUUUUGAAUGCUGUAAUGGAAUAAUCAAUUGGCAGAACUAAAGCAAAAAAUAACAAAUUAAUUAUUAUUUUUGUCGAGGGGGAAUGACAAAGUUAAU